AUGCGAGAUGUGGGUCUGCAAAAGAAGUUCCUCAGCCGAAAGAGGAUACCACUCAAAGACGUCCUCGACGAAGCAACAGCGGCUGAAACAUCCGAGAAGGCAGCCGCCGCGAUGGGCUGCCUACUAUGGGGAGACAGGGUGCUGAUUCCAAGCACUCUGCAACGGCGGACGUUAGAGACUCUGCACAAAGGGCAUCCGGGCAUCGUCCGCAUGAAGGCUCUGGCACGGAGUUACGUCUGGUGGCACUCCAUGGACAGAGACAUUGAGCAAUGGGUCUCCAGAUGUGACCCAUGCCAAGAAAUUCGCCCAGCGCCGCCACAAUCCGAAGUUGCGAAGAGGGAGACCCCCAGCAACCCCUGGUCGAGGAUCCACAUCGACUUCGCGGGUCCGAUGCAGGGGCGACACCUCCUCAUCGUGGUAGAUGCCUUCUCCAAAUGGCUCGAGGUGGUGCCCAUGGCAUCUACCACAACAGAAGCGACGAUCCGAGCCCUGCACCGUCUGUUCGCCACACAUGGACUACCAGACAUGCUGGUCUCGGACAACGGCCCCCAGCUCACAUCCCUGGCCAUGGAGUCCUUCCUGGCAGGACUGGGCAUCCGCCACGCCCUGUCCGCCCCGUACAGGCCGGCCGGAAACGGACAAGCUGAACGCAUGGUCAGACUCACCAAAGAAGCCCUCACCAAGAUGGGCCAGGGAGACUGGCAAGAACGCAUAGACAACUUCCUCCUCACCCAGCACAUCACGCCACAUGCCACCACCCACAAGAGCCCGGCCGAACUACUAAUGGGCAGAAGGUUGAGGUCACCCCUGGACCGGCUGCACCCCCAAUACAGCCCGGAAGUGACCGCAACCGCCAGCCGCCCGCUUCGCGCCUUCAGCAAGGGAGAUUCAGUUUUCGCGCUGAAUUUCAACGGCUCUCCUAAGUGGCUGAAGGAGAAGAUUGCCAGCACAACCGGCCCCAAAUCCUACACCGUCGAAUUGGAAGAUGGACAGGUCUGUAGACGUCACAUCGACCAACUCCGGAAAAGGUGGGGGGGAGCACACGAAAACCAGCCUGACGAGGGAGGCCUACAACACCCAGACGAGGUAGGCCUCCAACACCCCGGCGAGGUAGACCUACCACACCCAGACGAGGUAGGCCUACGACACCCCGGCGAGGUAGGCCUACGACACCCCGGCGAGGUAGGCCUACCACACCCCUGCGAGGCAGAGCAACGCCAUCCCGACGAGGUCGGCCGGGCUCACUACCAGGGGGAAUCUUUUUAG